CUCCAGCCUGGCCGACACAGCGAGACUCCGUCUCAAAAACAAAAACAAAAUGAGGCGCAAACGGGAGGUGAGGCAGUGAAGUUCGCGAGUGCAGACACGCUCAAGGGACUCAUUAAAUGUCAUUUCAUUUAAAAAAUGAAAUUGAGCAUAUGUGCAAGCAAGGUUCACACCCCAUUUAAUCUUCACACCACCACGGGGUAGUCACUAUUAUCCCCUUUUACAAGAUUAAAACACUGACGCUGGGAGAUUGACAGGGUUACCCCAAAUCACAUGGAGGAGCUGGGCUUCCCCCCACCUCCUCUGCUCAAGUCUCCCUGUCCCCAAGAGGUGCGGACGGAGGCAACAGCCCCUUGGCCCAUAGGUGGAGCAAUUGACGAAGGCUUCGCCCGUCGCCGGAACUGUGAGCUCUCAGCGGGAGUCGAGACGGUGCAGGACCCAAGAAGCGCCUUCUUUCCCAGCCUGCGCCCUGAUGCUGCGCGUCCUGUGCCUUCUGCGCCCCUGGAGGCCCCUUUGGGCCCGCGGCUGCGCUUCCGACGGUGCGGCCGCGGCCUCCGAGAUCCAAGUGCGCGCCCUGGCGGGUCCGGACCAAGGGAUCACUGAGAUUCUGAUGAACAGACCUCGUGCCCGCAAUGCCUUGGGGAACGUCUUCGUCAGUGAGCUGCUGGAAACUCUGGCCCAGCUGCGGGAGGACCGGCAAGUGCGUGUCCUGCUCUUCAGAAGUGGAGUGAAGGGUGUGUUCUGUGCGGGUGCAGACCUGAAGGAGCGGGAACAGAUGAGUGAAGCAGAGGUGGGGGUGUUUGUCCAGCGACUCCGGGGCCUGAUGAAUGACAUCGCAGCCUUCCCUGCACCCACCAUUGCGGCUAUGGAUGGGUUUGCCUUGGGCGGAGGCCUGGAGCUUGCCCUGGCCUGUGACCUCCGAGUGGCAGCUUCCUCGGCCAUCAUGGGACUGAUUGAGACCACGCGAGGGCUCCUCCCGGGGGCAGGAGGGACUCAGAGGCUGCCACGCUGUCUGGGGGUGGCCCUGGCGAAGGAGCUCAUCUUCACGGGCCGACGACUUAGUGGAACAGAGGCCCACGCACUGGGGCUGGUGAAUCACGCUGUGGCCCAGAACGAGGAGGGUGACGCCGCCUACCACCGGGCACGAGCACUGGCCCAGGAGAUCCUGCCCCAGAACAUUCCAACCCGGGACCGGCUAGAGGGCAUGGCAGCCUUCAGGGAGAAGCGGCCCCCCACAUUUGUUGGUGAAUGACCCCCACUUUAACCUUCAGCUUGGGAGAUGCAUGCCCUGAAGAGCAGGAUCCAGAAGGAAGAUUUGUGGCCGGACUGCCUUCAUUAUUUCACCUCUCCAGGCUUCCGUUUCUUCACAAGGAUGAUGAUGGAGAUAAAAUGACUGGCGUGAUGCCUAGAACCAAGGUGCUGAUCCUACCACCUACUGCUGCCUUCCUUAGCUUCACCCUGGCUAGAAAUAAUCACGAGGGUUGGGUUUGCUUUGGAAAAUGCCUGUCUCGCUACUUGAAUGAUAAAGAAUUAAAUUAGAUCUCUCUGAGUCUUGGUCUCAUUGGCUCUCAGCCCCUGACCUCUCUCAGUUAUCAGGCACUCACUGACUAGAGCUGUCAAAAGAUUUUAAGGUACCCCUAGUUUCUUCCUGUGGACAACAGAGGUAAUAAAUAAACUCUGACAUUGGUUGAACAUGUGUCAGGAGUCAAACUGCA